AAUGAAAACACCAUCACUUCCAGCUUCUCGGGUGUCCCUCUCUCUCUUCUCUUCUCUUUAAACUAUUUUAAUGGCGGCCAGAAAUUCUAUGUUGGUGAUGGUAAAGAAGGUCCUUCUGCUUCUUCUUGGGUUAAUGGUGUUUAUUCAACUUAUUCAACAUGGUGAAAGCUCUUAUCCUGGUUUAAGUGAUUAUCAUCAACAAAUCAACCAAUUGUCUUCCAUCAAAGCUUCUUAUGUUCUUCGCAAUGGAGUUGCCCCUCCUUCCCGAAGCUACUCUACUCCUCCUGGUUUAAGUGGUUCCCGUAUUCAUCACGCCACCGACUAUGGAGGCGAUCCUACCGGAGUAAGUGACAGCACCGAUGCACUUGAACAAGCUUUGUUUGACGCUUUCAGAUCUCCUAUUCAGUCAACUCAAUUGAUCAAGGGUGUUCCCAACCUCGGCGGCUCUCAGCUUCAUCUCGACGGCGGCACCUACAAGAUCAGCCGUCCCUUGCGGAUACCGGAGGGUGGUGCUAAUUUUAUGGUACACAGUGGAACACUUCGAGCUUCUGAUGAUUUUCCGAUCAAUGGGCAUCUGAUCGAGUUGAAAUCAUCUUCAAAUUCAUUUUCAUCUGAAUUUAUCACUCUCAAAGAUCUUAUGUUAGACUCCAAUUUCAGAGGUGGUGGUGUUGCUGUUAUAAAUUCACUAAGAACCACCAUUGAUAAUUGUUACAUUUCACAUUUCACUACCAAUGGCAUUUCAAUCCAAGACGGUCAUGAAACCAUCGUCACCAAUUCCUUCAUCGGUCAAUACAUCAACGUCGGUGGUGACAUCCGCGAAAAGGAUUUUUCCGGUAUCGGAAUCAACAUUAACGGCAAUGACAAUGUCAUCACCGAUGUUGUUAUUUUUUCCGCAUCCAUCGGUGUAAUGGUACAGGGGCAGGCCAAUACCCUCACUGGGGUGCAUUGUUAUAACAAAGCUACUGGAUUAGGAGGAACGGGAAUUUACGUCCGGGAACCGGGUUUUACCCAAACCCGGAUCAUAAACUGUUACCUCGAUUACACUGGUAUCGUUGCCGAGGAUCCGGUACAGCUACAAAUCACAGACUCUUUCUUCCUAGGGAAUGCCUUCAUUACGUUAAAAUCAAUCAAAGGUAACAUCUGUUGUGUGAACAUUGUUAACAACAUGUUUACGGGUGAUUACACAGGGGUCCGAAUGAUCCAAUUGGAUGAAUCAAAUGAACCGUUUAGUAACAUUGAUCAAGUGGUGGUUGAUCGGAACAAUGUGAGAGGGAUGGUGCUUAAAUCGACGGUUGCUAGAGGUACAGUAUGGCGCAAUGGCACAAGGUGGACCGCUGAUUUCUCUCAGGUGCUGUUAUUUCCUAACCUUAUAAAUAACGUACAAUACACAUUACAUGUAGGUAAAGGAGACGGAACAUUCCCCAACCAUUUACUGAGGAAUGUUUCUCAAAAUCGAGUUACCGUGGAAAGCAACGUUCCAGUAUCGGCAACGUUGCAUGUAUCGGUGGAUCAAAACAUGAUCCAUUACAUAUGAUUGAUUAAUUAAUUAAUUCAUGAAUUUUGAUGUAAUUUUUUUUUUCUUUUAUUUCUAUACAUUAUGGAAAGUAAAUUAUU